UCGAAAGAGAAACCCUCUCCGCUCGCUGUUUACCAAUUCCACCCCUUGGAAAGUGAAAAGCUCCGGAGGAUGAAACAGAAAGCCUAUCGAGAUAGAUCUGAAGGCUCUCGAUUCUCGGUGUCUCUCUUAUCCAAAUCCAGAGGCCGAGAAAAAAACCCUAAAUGUAUCCAAAGGAUGAUGUGCACUUCAUCAUCGGCACCAGCAACAACUAAGCCCCAGAUGGACGUUCGAGAUUUCUCGACGCUUCCGUUUGAUAUUCUGAUGAAAAUAGCGGCUCCGUUCACGCUUCCGAAUCUGCAAGCUGCGUCACUGGUCUGCACAGCGUGGAGAGACGCGCUUCGGCCGUUGAGGGAGGCGAUGGUGUUGUUGAUGUGGGGGAAGCGGUUCAAGCAUGGUCGAGGCGGUGUUCAAGCCAAUUUAGACAAGGCUCUGGAUUCCUUCUUAAAAGGAGCGAAGCUCGGCUCGACGCUUGCGAUGGUCGAUGCUGGUCUCGUAUACUGGGAAAGGGGAAAUAAACACGAAGCUAUUGCCCUAUAUGAGAAAGCCGCUGAGCUCGGCGAUCCCACUGGUCAAUGCAAUUUGGGCAUCUCGUAUCUGCAGGCUCAACCUCCGAAUUUAAAGCUAGGUGUAAAGUGGUUAUAUCGUGCUUCCCUUGCUGGCCAUGUCCGCGCCCAAUAUCAACUUGGCCUUUGCUUUCAUCAAGGUCGUGGUGCGGAUAGCAGUAUGCAACAGGCUGCCCUAUGGUAUCUAAAAGCUGCUGAAGCUGGAUAUGUACGUGCUAUGUACAACGUUUCACUUUGCUACUCAUCUGGGGAAGGUUUCUGCUACAACAUCGGUCUAGGAAGAAAAUGGAUGAAGCGAGCAGCUGAUCAUGGUCAUAGUAGAGCUCAAUUUCAUCAUGGCCUUACUUUAUUUUCCAAAGGAGAGAUCGCCAAUGCUGCUCUAUACUUGGAACUUGCCACACGAGCUGGUGAAACUUCUGCAGCUCAUUUCAAGAAUGUACUUCUCCAACAAAUAUCAGCCUCUUCCCAUGAUCAUAUCAUGCGUGUUGCAGAUAAUUGGCGUGCUGCUUCCUUUUCUCGCUAGGCAACUCCAGAAGAUGGUUUGUUGAAACAGGUGGUGGAGCUCCAUUUCGGAUACGCGAACGAAGCAUGUGUGUAUGUGUAUGCAUAUAUGCAUUAGGGUUAGAAAGGAAAAUGUUAUAAUGUAUAGCAAGUAACAAGUGCCUCAUUUGUUCGAGGCUUCCUCUUCAUUUGUAAGAAGAAUUUAGAAUUGAAUACCGAAACCCUAUUAGGGUUUUAUCUAAAAUUGCCGACUCUCUCUUGGUUCUC